AUGCUGCACAGAAGCGUCGUGUCCUGGAACUCCAUGAUUUCGGCUUAUUCUCGUGGGUUUUUGAUGGAUGCGGCAUUCAGCCUCUUGAAAGAUAUGUGGGCUCUUGGCUUUGAGCCAAGUUCGUCCACAUUUGUUUCAAUUUUGUUAGGUUGUUCGGAUUCAGAUUCAGAUUCCUUUAGCUUUUGGUGGCAAGGGAUGUCGAUACAUUGUUGCUUAAUCAAACUUGGACUUGUGUAUUCUCAAGUUACUUUGGCCAAUGCGUUAAUGGGAAUGUAUGUUCACUUUAGCCAAAUGGAGGAAGCGAGGAAGGUUUUUGAUUUGAUGGAUGAAAAAUCAAUAAUUUCUUGGACAACUAUUAUGGGAGGUUAUGUGAAGGUUGGCCAUGUUGCGGAAGCGUUUAAUUUAUUCAAUCAAAUGCAGCAUCAAAGUACUGGCAUAGAUUUUAUUGUAUUUCUAAUUCUUAUAUCUGGUUGUAUACAAGUAGGAGAUCUCUUAUUAGCUUCAUCCGUUCAAGCUUUUGUACUCAAAUGUGGAUGCGAUAAAGAGGAGUUCAUUGAAAAUUUGCUAAGAACUAUGUAUGCAAAAUGCAGUGACCUUGCAUCUGCUAGAAGGAUAUUUGAUUUGAUUAUCAAAAAGAGCAUUUUCUCAUGGACAUUGAUGAUUGCAGGAUAUGCCCAUUCAGAUCACCCAUUGGAGGCGUUGCAUUUGUUUAGAAGGCUUGUAAGGACAAAUUUUAGACCAGAUCCACCAAUCGAUUUAGGAUCAAUUAGCAUAGCAAAAGAGAUGGAAGAUUAUAUUUCUCUAAAUGAAUUGGAAUUUGAUCUACAAAUCCAAACAUCUCUUAUACACUUGUACUCCAAGUGUGGAAGCCCAAGAAGUUUUGAAGAAGUGGCAGAUAAAGAUUUAACUGUUUGGUCUUUCAUGAUAAAUAGCUAUGCUAUUCAUGGGAUGGGGAAAGAAGCGAUUGACCUAUUUCGCAAAAUGACAACUACAGAAGGGAUAAUUCCUGAUGCUGUUGUUUACACCAGUGUUUUGCUGGCUUGUGGCGAUGCAGGGUUAGUAGAAGAUGGAUUGAAGUACUUCCUAAGUAUGCAAAAAGAUUUUGGAAUAACUCCUAAGAUAGAACAUUGCACUUGCUUGGUAGAUCUUCUUGGUCGAGUUGGCCGGCUUGACUUAGCUUUAGAUACGAUUCAGGGGAUGCCCUUGGAAGCACAACUGCAAGCUUGGGCCCAUUGCUCAUGCUUGUAG